CAUAUGUAUCCCAUGAAGAGUGUUUCUUUAAGAUGGCCAAGUCAGCUCCCAAGUUUGAGAUCGAGCCCUCCUCGGCCACCGUCGAUGUUCGAAUCAUCGAUACCACAUCAUGGAUCGGGGGCAUUCCAACCAAGGUCUUCUUCACCCCCGUCACGAAGGGGUAUGACACGCUUGAGUGCCCAGCCUACUCCUUCCUGAUCGAACAUCCGUCUGGCCGCAAACUCUUGUUCGACCUUGGCGUCCGGAAAGACUGGGAGAAUCUUUGUCCAGUGACAGUGGACAUGAUCAAGAAUCUCGAAGCAAAAAUCACAGUUCAGAAGGACGUGCGUGAGAUUCUUGAAGACAACGGCAUCUCUGCUUCAAGUAUCGAGGGCAUCGUCUGGAGCCAUUGGCACUUCGACCACACAGGAGACCCAUCCACCUUCGGGCCCUCCACGGCCCUCAUCGUCGGUCCGGGAUUCAAAGAUGCCUUCGUCCCUGGCUACCCUACAAACGCAGAGUCCGUGGUCCUGGAGUCCGACUAUGCCGGGCGAGAGCUGAAGGAGAUCACCUUCAGCCCAGACAAGAAGGUCGGCCGCUUCGAGUCCUUUGACUACUUCGGCGACGGCUCCUUCUACCUCCUCAACAGCCCAGGUCACGCCAUCGGCCACCUCUGCGCCCUAGCUCGCGUGACCAGCCAACCGGACUCGUACAUCCUCAUGGGCGGCGAUGCGAGCCACCAGGCAGGCGAGUUCCGCCCGUCCGCCUACCUGCCUCUCCCAGAGUCCAUCUCGCCGCACCCGCUGGAAAGUCACGCGGUGACGACGCCCUGUCCCGGCUCGCUGUUCGAACACUUGCUUCCACACGGCGAUACGACGAAGCCAUUUUACAGCAUCGCCAAGGGGGGUGUCUCUGUGGAUGCCGAAGAGGCCGAGAGGACAAUUGCGAAAUUGCAGGAGGCGGAUGCGCAGGACAAGGUGUUGGUUGUUAUUGCGCACGAUACUGGUCUGCUGGAUGUGCUUGAUUUUUUCCCGAAGUCUGCCAAUGAUUUCGCAUCGAAGGGAUGGGUGAAGAAAGGGCGCUGGGCAUUUCUUAAGGAUUUUAAGGAUGCUUUGCUGUGAUUUAUGUAGUACUUAUUCCUCAUCUCUCCACACAUAUACAUAUAUAUUGGUUUUCCCCCAC